AUGGAUAAAGACAACCGCGACGACUUUACGUUCGCCAAGCUCUCGGACCUCAAGCUGCCUGUGACGUUCAGAAUAUCGCAGCUGGAGGGUAUACGCAAGCCGCGAUCGUUCACGGAGCUGUUGGAGAAGCCUGAGUUGAGGUUUCAUGGUGUGCAAUCUUCCACGCUUUCAGAUCUCUACGUGACGUGCCAGCUGGUGGCGGAUAACAAGCCGCUGACGAUCCCCUUCCGCACGUCGUUCAAGGCGUUUAAGAACGCAUAUACAUGGAACGAGUGGAUCACGCUCCCGAUUCGAUAUUGUGAUCUACCGUUGAGCGCGCAGAUUGCGUUUACGGUGUGGGAUAUUGGUGGCCCGCGCGCUGCGAUCCCCGUUGGCGGGUCGACGUUCAGGAUGUUUGGGAAGAAGCCGACGCUAAGGCGGGGAAAGCAUCGACUGUUUUUGUGGCCGGGCGUCGAGGCGGACGGGUCGGUGGAGACGACGACGCCAAGCAAGCUUGCGGCGCAGGAUGAGAUGGGCCGGUUAGAGAAGCUUGUGAAGAAGUAUGAGCGCGGCGACCUGCCCAAGUCGGAUUGGCUGGAUAAAAUGGCAUUUCGGAAGAUGGAGGAGAUACACGCUGCUGCUACUGAGAAAUCGGACAAUUUGUUUUUGUACAUUGAUCUUCCACGCUUCGAUUUUCCGGUGGUGUACAGCGAGCCAGCGAGCGGGGACGCUGCUGCCACAACAUCCUCGGCAACCUCUACAUUGGCCACCGUUGUACAACCUCCCGCCACGCCCUCGAUUUCUGCGUCCUUCAUUAGUGAUACCGGUUUAUGGAGUGUGGUAGAUCCAGAUAUCGCACAUGAGAACCCUGUGGAAGAUAAACAUCGCAGGCUGGUGCGAAGCCAUCGAAGCAGUCCAUACGAUAGGGAACUGAAGCCCAACGCGAACAUCCGAGACGAGCUAGGGCUAAUCCUGAGCUACUCGCCGAGUCAAGUGCUGACAUCGGAGGAGAAAGACCUCAUCUGGAAAUUCCGGUUCUACCUCGCGCGCGAUAAGAAGGGUUUGACCAAGUUUUUGAAGUCGGUCGCGUGGCGGGACUCGGCGGAGGUGAAGCAGGCGGUGGAGGAGCUGUUGCCGCAGUGGACGGAGAUUGACACUGAUGAUGCGUUGGAGCUGCUGGGACCUGGGACGGUGGAUUCGCGUGUGAGAGCGUUUGCGGUGAAGCAGUUGAGUAGGGCGGAUGAUGAUGAGCUUCUCCUGUACCUACUGCAGCUUGUGCAGGCUCUCAAGUUUGAGAGUGUUGUGACGGAACAACGCUCGUCGAGAUCGACAACGACUGCCAUAUCAUAUGAGGACAGCGGGCUCUCUGACCUACUCAUUUCCAGAGGUGUUGCGAAUCCGAUACUUGGAAACCGGUUAUACUGGUACCUGAUGGUUGAGGUCUCGUUGGAUGACCGAAUUAUGGCAAAGAUGUACGGACGUGUAGUCUAUAGGUACAUGAAGCAGAUUUCAGAGGCUGAAAACGGGACAGAGAGACGAGAAACGAUGCGGCGUCAAGGCCUCAUGAUCGAGACGCUCGCCAAACGCGCGAAAGAACUACGCACAUCGAAAGACCCGCGUCCAAAGAAGAUCGAGAAGUUACGGUCCAUCAUCUCCGACUCGAAGAACAACCUUGCGUCCAUGGAACCUUUACCCCUGCCGCUCAACGCCAAUAUUCAAGUGACGGGCAUCAUCGCUGAAAAGUCGACUGUGUUUAAAUCGAACAUGUAUCCAUUGCUAUUGUACUUCCAGUGCGCGGACGGCGGGGAGUACCCGGUUAUCUUCAAGGACGGAGACGAUAUGCGCCAGGACCAGCUGGUGAUACAGCUGUUCACGCUCAUGGAUCAGCUGCUGAGGAAGGAGAAUCUCGAUCUCAAGUUGACACCGUUUGAUGUGCUUGCGACGGGUCAGAGUCAGGGGAUGGUACAGUUUGUCCCGAGCAAGACGAUUGCGGCGAUUGUGAGUGAGCAUGGGAGCUUGUUGAAUUAUUUGAGGGCGCAUCAUCCGGAUGAGGGUAGUAUUGGCACGUCAGGCGUUGAGCCUAGUGUCAUUGACACCUUUGUGAGAAGUUGCGCUGGCUACUGUGUCGUCACGUACCUCCUUGGAGUCGGCGAUCGACAUUUGGACAAUCUGCUGCUCACAACUGAUGGACAUUUCUUCCAUGUCGAUUUUGGAUACAUUUUCGGUCGCGAUCCCAAACCAUUCCCGCCGCAAGUCAAAGUGUGCAAAGAGAUGGUAGACGGUAUGGGCGGCGCGCAAUCGCCACACUACGCACGCUUCAAGAACUUUUGCUUUACCGCGUUCACGAUCCUGCGCAAGAGCACGAACCUCAUUCUCAACUUGGUCACGCUCAUGGUGGAUGCCAAUAUUCCGGACAUCAAACACCGCGAUGUGCACGAGCAGCUGCAGGAAAAGUUCAGGCUCGAUCUUACGGAGGAAGACGCUAUCAAACACUUUGAGGUCCUGCUCAAUGAGACGUCGUAUAUUACCGUCGUGUUUGAUCGGUUCCAUGACCUUGCUCAGUAUUGGCGUAGUUGA